GCUUAAGUACUCUGGACAGCGACAGGCGGACCGCACACAUCAGUCAGCGGAAGGACUUCAGCGGACCGCUUUUUAUUCACAAACAAUAUCCAUCCGCAGAGCAACUAAGACUCUCCCGUUUUUUGUUUACUUUACGAAGUUUCCUUUUACCUAUUUACUCUUCUUGGACCUACUUUAAUGAGAGAACGCUCUUUUUUCCCAGCCGGAUAUGAAGCUGUAGAUCCGCCCCGCACUCGGAACACCGAGAAGCGGGCUCCACUUUUUCCUUCUCCCCACCCCGUCCGUCUUCUCCUGCCUCCUCCUCCUGCUGGAGCUGGAGAGAUGCCCGGGGCAGGAUGUGCUCCAGCCGCAAGAUCCUGUGGAGCCUGCUCCUGCUGUCCGUGGUGGAGGUGGGCCUGGGUGUGGCAAGCAUCGUCCUGGGAGCCGUGGGUAUCAGCUGGGUCCGGGGCCACUACAAGCCGCAGCAAGGAGACGCGUCUCCGGUGUGGAGCGGACUCUGUUUUCUGGUCUGUGGGAUGUGUGGAAUGCUGUGUGCUCGAAAGAGGACAGGUCUUAUUAUGAUUCUAUUCUCAGCGUGCUGCAUCUGCGGGCUGAUCGGUGGGAUUCUCAACUUCCAGUUUGUCCGGGCGCUGAACAAACGUCCUGAGUCCAUGCACUCCAUCCAUCUGGCGGCCAUGACGCUGGCCUGUCUGGGAAUCUCCUCCUGUACGUUAUCCACGUGGCUGACCUGUCGCCUGGCCAGCUCGGAGCAGCAGAGGAUGUUCCUGGAGAGGGAGCACUCACUGCACCACUCACACGAGAUGACAGAGAAGGAGAUCCUGGACAACUCCAGUAUGGGCAUCCCUCAGAUCUCGUAUAACGGACACACAACAGCAUCACCCCUACACUGCAAGUAUAUCCUGACUGCAGGGAGUGAACAAAGCAAAACCAGGUCUCUCCUGCCUUGGAACCCCUUUCUUUGCCAUUGGAGUGUAAGAGGGAGAUUUUGACAACAAGAGGGAGAGGUUCUGAAUAAUUAUGCAAACACAAGUUCAAACCAGGACGCAGCACGGAUGCCAUUUUCGGUGACAAUUCAGAUGACAGACAUCUGCAGGACAUCAUUUCACCUUUAAACCAAUGAACAGAAAGGAUAGACUCUAUCCAAUCAGAAGCCUCAAAGGAAUGAGCACAAACCAAGCAUGCAGCUGAUUCACUUGUUAUGAUGAGCUAUUUCAGUCUCAGUGUCCUUACUCUCUCUGUUUGUUAUGGAAUGCAGAUCUUGAGAUAGCCUACAGUAAAGUGUAUGUAUCAUCUGAUAAUGGAAUGCUUUGACAUGGCAAUACAGCGAUGCGCAAUUUAUUGUACUGUAUAUCCAUGCUUGUCUAUCAGGUAUACAGCCGUACCUAUAAAUCAACAUAUUUUUAUAAAUGCUUCUUAUAAAAAUGGAGUUCAAUAAAAGUAUAACAAAUA